AUGGCAAAUUUAAAUACUACUAUUAAUCCAUCUACGUACAAACAAGAAAGCUCUAAACAAAAAUUUUGUUGGGUGUGUUUUGAAACCGACGAUGAUGAAUUCGAAGGCAGAAGCGAUUGGGUAUCGCCAUGCAAAUGUCGGGGAUCUACUCGUUGGGUACAUCAAGAUUGCGUUCAAUGCUGGGUGGCUAAAAAACUAAAAGAAAACUCCACUAUUAAAGUGCAUUGCCCACUGUGUAAGACAGAAUAUAAUAUUAUUAUUAUGUACGAAGUUAAUUUCAUUGUCAAGUCAUUGAAUGAGCUUGAUAAAAUAUCCAAUCAGUUAAGUCCAUUUCUAAUAUUUGGCGUUGCUGUUGAUGCAUGUUAUUUGACUGCAGCGUUAUACGGAGCAAUUACUAUUAUACAGGUAAUAGGCAAAGAAGAAGCAAUGAUUAUUUUGAAAGAUACCGAUCCAUCUUUACUACUACUGAUGUUGCCCGCCAUACCGCUUUCUCUGAUUAUGAGUAGAACUAUUAACUGGGAAGAAACUCUACUAUUAGCAAUUCAACGCUUUACUUUUAAUUUUCCCAUAUUAAGAAAUAUUAUGCCUUCAAUUUUAUGUGAACCAGUGAACAUGGUAAAUACAACUCACUCGGUACAGUUUAACUCGAGAACUUAUGUAGCUUUAUUGUUGCCGACAACAGCAAAAAUAGUUGGAAAUGUGUUGUUCCACUAUAGUUCUUAUUCAAAUAUUCAAAAAACCUUAUUGGGUGGAUUGGUGUUUAUUGCUGUUAAAGGCGCUUUAACAAUAUAUCAAAGACAACACAAUGCAAUACGAAAUAGAACUCGUAAAGUUGCUGAUUAUCCAGAUUCUGCACGAUGA